GCCUGGUGGCCCGGGAAAGUAGGUGCCGUCCCAGCCCCUCCAGGCCGCAGGGGCCAUUUUUAAAUGCCUCUGUCAGACAGCGACGGGGGAAUAUCAGAGCCUUCAGGCAGAGUAGGGCAAACUGCCCACAGGCCCCAGAACCAGAGUAGAAAUGGAACCUAAAACGUCCACCAACCAACCUCACCCCUAAACGCACCCAGACGCCUCAUAGCCCCAGGGUGGGUAGUCCCUCGUAUUUAAAGGGCAGCUUCGAGCGGAGGGAUUCCUCCACCGCGUGAGUUGGUCGGACUUAUUCCAGGUACACACGCCCGGGCGUCCUGGCCGCGGGGUGGCCCGGACCUUAUUUUCUUUCAGUGAAAUCCUUCCGCAGCGGCACAGCGCCGAGCUGAGUAGGUAUGGCAGCUGUGGACAGCGCUGCUCCUCCUCCGCGGGUGAGGCGCGGUGGCUCGGGGGCUAGCGGCCUGCCUCUGUGCCGCGCGGUGUGAAGGGGCAGUGAGGGGAGGAGACAGGGAGCGGAGCAGGUUGACGGGUGGCUAGACUGUGUUUUCUUUCGAGUGGUGUAUCCUUCCGCGACAGCGGGCGUAAGAAAGCGUCUUCCCACCACGGUGUCCCUCCGCCGCCGGGAGCGCAGGGGCAGGCAGCGUCUGCCCGGACAGGGCGUAGGAGGUCGCGGGCAUCGCCUGGAGAAAGAAGAAACUUCGGAGCGCGGUGGCUGGAGCAGCGGCCCGCCUUGCUCGGCAGGUCGGCGAAAAGAGGGCUACCAGCAGGAAAGAAAGAAAAGGAAGAGCAGCCCGCAGCAGCAGCAGCGACGGCGGCCGAUCCUCGCCGCCGUCCCGCGGGGUCUCUGCGAGGAAGCCCGCGGGACUCUUUCUCGCGGGGCUCGGCGGAAGGAUCUCCAGGAGGCUUUUUCGUCCCGUUUACACUGCACCGCUCGUCGCUUGGUGCCGCCAUCUUGGAUUUUAAUCCGCCAUUUUUUUCCUCCCCCCACUGGGAAUUAUUUUUUGUCACUACCGCUGCCUGCCUUUCCCCCCUCCCCCCCCCUAGUUUUCCUCCACUUCUCCCUCGGUCAGUCGUCGCUCCCCUCCCCCGCGCCCCUUCCUCCUCUUUUUUCCCCUCGCUCCGUUCCAUUUGAUGAUUCAUUUUCCUCCAGUGGUGGCUGAGGCAACGCCGGCGAGGGACCCAGCGCGGAGAGCAGCCGGGAGAUGCCUGUUCGCGAAGCAGACUUUCAGGCGCCUUCCCUCCCUGAUAACCAUUCACUUCUGGAGUCUGUGUCGUGGAGCUCUCAAGGCAAACUUUCAGUAGGAAUCAGAACUGAAGUCACUCACCCACUUCUCCAAGCCUUUUGAAAAGUGACUAAAUGCAACUGAGUCAGAUUAUCUGUGGGAAUGAAGUGGCUGGGAGAAUCCAAGAACAUGGUGGUGAAUGGCAGGAGAAGUGGAAGCAAGUCGUCUAAUGACCAUGUGCAGAAUCAAACCAAAUUGCAGCAUGCAGGGAAGGAGAAUCCAAAGACAAGCAAAAAUGGAGCUGAGAGAAGAUCAAGCAGAUGUAGUGGUUCUUCAGGAUUCGAGGGUCAAAGUCGUUAUGUGCCUUCCUCUGGAAUGUCUGCCAAGGAACUGUGUGAAAACGAUGACCUAGCAACUAGUUUGGUUCUUGAUCCUUAUUUAGGUUUUCAGACACACAAAAUGAAUACUAGAUUUCGACCUAUUAAAGGAAGGCAAGAAGAACUAAAAGAGGUGAUUGAACGUUUUAAGAAAGAUGAGCACUUAGAAAAAGCCUUCAAGUCCUUGACGUCAGGUGACUGGGCCCGGCACUAUUUUCUUAACAAGAACAAAAUGCAGGAAAGGUUGUUCAAGGAACAUGUAUUUAUUUAUUUACGAAUGUUUGCAACUGACAGUGGGUUUGAGAUACUGCCUUGUAAUCGAUAUUCUUCUGAGCAAAAUGGAGCCAAAAUCGUUGCAACGAAAGAAUGGAAACGGAAUGAUAAAAUAGAAUUACUUGUGGGCUGUAUUGCUGAACUCUCGGAAAUGGAAGAAAACAUGCUGCUGAGACAUGGGGAAAACGACUUCAGUGUCAUGUAUUCCACACGGAAAAACUGUGCACAAUUGUGGCUUGGUCCUGCUGCAUUUAUCAAUCAUGAUUGCAGACCUAACUGUAAGUUUGUAUCAACGGGCAGGGAUACAGCAUGUGUGAAAGCUCUAAGAGAUAUUGAACCUGGAGAAGAAAUCUCUUGUUACUAUGGAGAUGGGUUUUUUGGAGAAAAUAAUGAAUACUGCGAAUGUUACACCUGUGAAAGACGUGGAACUGGUGCUUUUAAAUCAAGAGUGGGAUUGCCAGCACCUACUCCUGUGAUUAAUAGUAAAUAUGGACUGAGAGAAACAGAUAAACGAUUGAACAGACUUAAAAAGUUGGGUGACAGCAGCAAAAAUUCAGACAGCCAGUCCGUCAGCUCUAACACUGAUGCAGAUACCACUCAGGAAAAAUCUAAUGCAAAUAACAGAAAAUCUUCAAUUGGCGUAAAAAAGAACAGCAAAACCAGAACAUUAACAAGACAGUCUAUAUCAAGAAUUCCAGCAUCAUCAAAUUCUACCUCAUCUAAACUAACUCAUAUAAAUAAUUCCAGGGUACCAAAGAGACUGAAAAAGCCUGCAAAGCCUUUACUUUCAAAGAUAAAGUUGAGAAAUCAGUGCAAAAGGCCAGAGCAAAAGAAUGCUUCCAGAAAGCUCGAUAUGGGAAAUUUAGUUCUCAAAGAGCCUAAAGUAGUUUUGUAUAAAAAUUUGCCCAUUAAAAAGGAUAAAGAAUUGGAGGGACCAGUCAAAGUUGCAGUCUCUAGUGGAUGCUUAACAAGGCACGCAGCAAGAGAACAUAAACUGAAUUCUGUGAAAGGUGCUCACGAGCAUGGUGAUAUACCACCCUGCACAUAUGUAACAAGGAGGUCAGUGAGAACAAGGAUGAGUUUGAAGGAGACCUCUGACAUAAAGCUUGAACCAAAUAUGUUGGAUAGCUAUAAAAAUAAUUUGACUGAAACACAAUUGGAUAUUUUAGAGCAGCAGUCUCAUGUGAAAAAUGAAAAUGACGUGACUCAUGGACCAUCACAUAAAGGGCAGAUUAGAUACCAGAAAAAUGAUGCAGGCAUGUCAAAAAAGAAAUCUCGACAAGGAAAACUUGUGAAACCAUCUGCAAAAAUAGAAGAAAUUGAUACUACACACAGUACACCUGUGAAAGAUGGAGUACCAGUUUUGAUUAGUUCUCAUUCAGAACUCAAAGAGAGGAAUAAUGUGGUAGACACACCUGUUGGCUAUAAAGACUGUAUCCCUGGAUCUGGUGGCUGCUCUGUUUUAACAUCUGACAAUUUUACAGCAAAAGAUAGCUUUAGAACUGCAAAAAGCAAGAAGAAGAGACGAAUCACAAGAUAUGAUGCACAACUUAUCCUUGAAAAUAGCUCUGGGAUACCUAAACUGACUCUUCGUAGACGUCAUGAUAGCAGUAGCAAGGCAAAUGACCAAGAAAGUGAUGGAAUGAGUUCUUCAAAAAUAAGCAUCAAAUUAAGCAAAGACCAUGAAAAGGAUAAUAAUUUAUAUGUAGCAAAGCUAAAUAAUGGGUUUAACUCAGGAUCAGGCAAUAGUUCAACAAAAUUAAAAAUACAGCUAAAACGAGAGGAAGAAAACAGAGGGACAUACCCUGAGGACCUUCAUGAAAAUGGUAUGUGUUGUGGUGAAACUCUUUCUGUUUUGGAGUCAAGAAUGGAAGUAGAUGAUUAUGGUCACUAUGAAGAGGAAACAGCAGAUGAAUCUUCAUCAGAAGAGAAUGAUGAAGAGGAAGAUGACUAUGAUGAUGAAUUUGAUGACUUUAUUCCUCUUCCUCCAGCAAAGAGAUUAAGGCUUAUUGUUGGCAAGGAUUCAAUAGAUAUUGAUAUUUCUUCCAGGAGGAGAGAAGAUCAGUCUUUAAGACUCAAUGCAUAAGCUUAUAGAUCUUUAAACUGACCUGGAUGUCAUUUAAAAAAAAAAAAAGAAAAUCCAUUUGAUUAUUCUUUAACUGAAGAACUUUCUGGAAAACUUAGUGGCAGCACUUCUUUAUUGUUUAUUCACCUAUCAAGAUAAUGUAGAAAGUGUACAGCAUACUGACUCUUCUUAAGUCUGAUUUGUGCAGAUUUUUAUUGUACUUUUUAAUAGCCUUAUGUGCAAUUCUGGGAUAGAGGUAAUGCUCUGUUGUAAAAUAAAGGCUCAAGUAAAGUUAUGAAAUUGCAUCAAAUUUUUCCAUGCAGGACAAUGAGAAUACAGUGUGGCUACAUAAUUAUUUUUUAUUAGUAAGAGCAUUAGUGUGCUCUUAGAAUAUUUGACUAAACAAUUUAAAAAAUCAUAGAAGCAGUAUAUUAAGGUUUUCUAGUAUAUGUUAAUAUCACCAGCAAUGAUCUACAGCUUUUCAGUUUAUUUGCUAGAUGUUUUUUUUCCCCCUUGGAGUUUGUCAAUUUUAACACUGUAUGCUGUCCCAGACAUACUGUUUGCCGCCUUUGUUAUAGUAGCAAACAGUUGGUUGGAAGUCAAAUUGAUUUCUUUAAAAAAAGAUUUUUUUAAAAAAUGAGAAGUUGUUGACAGUUUGCUGACUUUUUAGUACAUUAUAUGUACAAGGGUAGCAGUAUGCAUAAUAAAAGUUUGGAUAAUGGUGUAUUUAUUGCUUGUUAUGUAAAUUAAACACCUUGUAUUUAACACUUUUCAAUACUUUUAGAUAAAAUUGUUCUUUGCAAGAAUGAUUGGUGCUUAUUUUUUCAAGAAUUUGCUGUGAAAUAAUGUGAUUACAAUGGGCAACAUUUAUCCAAUGAACUGCAGUGUCCUAAAUUGGUUCUUCAUAUUUUCUGUUGCACUUGUAAAAUGCUACAAGGAAUUUAAAGAAAAUCUAUUCACUUUAACUUAUGAUAGUUUUAUGAAAUUAAAAAAAACUAAGUCACAGCUUUUGUUCUGUGGUAACCUAUAAAUUGUUUGUCUUUUAAGAACCAGUUGUAAAAGACUGAAAAAAUAUGUAUAUGUUGUAAAUAUUUGUGUGUUGUGAGAAAUUUUGUCAUAAGAAAUUGAGAUAACUUGCCAGAAGGGUUUUUAAGUUUAGAAAUACAUCCAUGCAAAUAAAGUAGGAAAUUGUAAACCUAAUUUUAAACUCUGCAUCAGCUGGAGUUCUUUGCUCGUACAUAGUUCACGUUAUACUUCAGAGUCUGCUUUAUAACAAUGAAGAGUAUCAGGGCAAUCUUUGGCUCUUUUGUUUUUAAUAAAAGAAUGUUAGGAAA